GUUUCCUUGAUGCGAUCUGCUGUCUUGUGCUGCGAUUGAUGGCAUUGCAGUCAUGGCAGACUCAUCGCAAGCAGCGACUUCGCUGCUGACGGAGCACCUACAGUAUACGCCUCUGUCACUAAUCGACGACAUCAUCAAUUCUGUAAAUAACUUUGUCUAUCAAGGCGUCGGGAGCUUGGAGACUGGAUUGCUUUCGACUCCGCCUGAAAAAUUGGGUUUCAAGGCGACAACAGCAACAGGCGCGGACGGCGCAGAGGAAAACGAGUUUCCAGAAGCAAAGCAAGAGAUUGAAGAGGGCCUCCACAAGCUCGAGACACUGCUGAAUUCAACCGUGGACAAGAAUUUUGACAAAUUUGAGAUCUACGUACUGAGAAACAUUCUAUCGGUGCCUGCGGACCUCGUCAAUUGGGUGCGCCUCAGCCACUACCAGAACAUCACCUACCCUCCGCCUGAAGAUGCUCCUACUGUCGAAGAAAUACAACUCCUUCGGCGCAAACUGGCAGCCUCCCGGGCAUUGUCCCACAACCUUCAUGAGGAACACAAUCACAAUCAAGCACUGCUGAAACAACUUCGUGCGCUUGUUGGUGGUGUACAGGAAGAGGCAAACUCCGUGUCUUUCCUGACGCAGAGUCCAGCUGCUCAAGCAUUGAACGUGGCCGGAAAUCCUGAUCAACAGUUGUUGACCACAAACACCAAAUUCGCAGUCUCACAGUUACCAGCCCUCCGAGGACUGCUCGCUGAACUCAGACCGAAACUGAAGGCGCUGAAAGCUUUGCAUGGAAAUGCUGGACUGACCAGCGCAAAAGAGGAGAUCAAAGAAGAGAGGCGUGGCUACAUCGAACAACGCACGCGAUUACAUCUGGAGCGGAAUGGCGUCAGCCCAGCCGGGGAUUCUAGCCUGCUGUUCGCAAAACGAGUCGAUGAGGAGGAGGUCCAGGCCCUCGAGAAGGUCGCCUCGAUAUUUGACCAGAAUUGAAAGAUGUGAAGACGGUGGCACGAUACUAGCACCGAAGACAAUGCUUACACGACAUCUAUGAAGCGAACAGAUGUACCCCGCAACUGCCACGAGUUUCAACAUUCGCUCUAGGAACGGAUACAAGGCUGUUAGACGUGAAACUGACAUUUCGCAGUUUCCUAAAACCGCUACGGGAGAUACCUCUUUCGGAAUUCACGAACAAGUUGAUUCACCAACAACGCAAUAUGUCGUGCAUAAUGACCAGGUCAUGGCCUUUUCAAGGGCGGGGACAGCAUGCCCGUCGAUGCCUAUCUAAUACACUUCAAGCCCAAGUGUGGUGAAGGUCGAAUUACCUAGGGACUGAUGCGGGACGAUAGGAUCCUCUAUCGGCUACUGGCGUGACCGAUUCGAGGAUAGCUAGCGGGGAUAGCUGCAGCAGCAGGGCAGCUUCUUGAAGGCACAAAGAGGUCCCCUCCGACUAAAGUUCCAUUCCCAUAUGCCGGACCAGAGGAGAAUGAGUUUAGUGUCUCUGCGUCGAGUCGCAUGAGAGUAUCAUUGCGUCGAAGAAUGUUACGGAAGCCUUGGGCGGGUUAGGGAUCUGGCUUCCGAUAAAGAGGCAGAUGGGCCAAUCACAGGUGGGAGCGAUCGAUUAGGAUGGAGGAUCUCCAAUAGGCCCAACGGCAAAGCGAGAUGAAAUCUCUUCGGGCGACGAUGGUGGUUGCUGGGCAGGCAGAAUGGGUGCAUCUAGGCUGAUGCUAGCCUUGAACGAGGAGGUCGACUCGGCGAACCGAGGCGCUGAUCGCCCACCAAGUGCGACACUUUGCUGGAUUUUGCUGUGACUAAAGAAUUGUGACUUGUUUGUUGUUCUUUUCUUGCUGCAGCCGAUGCGUUGUGCACUAGAUACAAAUAUGGAAUACCGUGCAAACUACUGCUAUAGUACCGUAUACCAAAAAUAGGGAUCUAC